UCAUCUGUCAAUGGGGGAAAAGAAAACGAAAAACAACCCUUGUACGUAAAAACAAAUCGCAUUCCAUUGUAGAAUAUUGUAAUUUAUUACUGUGAAUACGACACCAAAUCGCUUAACAAUAGUAUUUGCUCAAUCUACAGACCUAGAAGCAUUCGCAUACGGGUGGAUUUAACCAUCCAUCGUGAGCAGAUCCCAUCGCACGCAAGAUGAGUUUCUCGAGUGAUGAGGUAAACUUCCUGGUUUACCGCUAUUUGCAAGAGUCUGGGUUUUCUCAUUCCGCGUACACGUUCGGCAUCGAAUCGCAUAUUUCACAAAGCAACAUCAAUGGAGCGCUGGUGCCACCGGCAGCACUGCUUAGCAUUCUGCAGAAAGGGUUGCAGUACACGGAAGCCGAAAUCAGUAUAGGAGAGGACGGUACCGAGCAACGGUUGGGCGAAAGCUUAAGCCUCAUCGAUGCGGUGAUGCCGGAAGUGGUCGCCAAUCGGCAAAAUAUGCAAAAUCAGCAAAAGCAGGCCACGAAAACGGAACCACCCGAGACGAACGGUACGACCGAGGAACCGGCCCCUCCACCACCGACUACGACGACCACUGCUACUACCACGCCGGCACCAGUAGAGACGAUGGAAGUGGAUCAAAGCAUUGAAAUACCCGCCUCGAAGGCUACGGUUCUGCGCGGUCACGAGAGUGAGGUGUUCAUUUGCGCCUGGAACCCCAGCACGGACCUGCUGGCCAGUGGAUCCGGGGACAGUACGGCACGAAUUUGGGACAUGUCGGACAAUCCCGCCAAUCCGAACCAGCUCGUACUGCGCCAUUGCAUUCAGAAGGGUGGCACGGAGGUGCCGAGUAAUAAGGACGUUACGUCACUCGAUUGGAACUGCGACGGUACACUGCUGGCGACGGGCUCGUACGAUGGAUAUGCCCGCAUUUGGCGUACCGAUGGUCUGCUAGCCAGUACGCUUGGUCAGCAUAAAGGACCGAUUUUUGCACUUAAGUGGAACAAACGGGGUAACUACAUCCUCUCGGCGGGUGUGGACAAAACGACCAUCAUCUGGGAUGCGGCUACUGGUCAGUGUACGCAGCAGUUCAGCUUCCAUUCGGCGCCAGCACUGGAUGUAGAUUGGCAAUCGAAUCAGUCCUUUGCCAGUUGUAGCACGGAUCAGUGCAUUCACGUGUGCAAGCUUGGUGUGGACAAGCCGAUCAAAUCGUUCCAAGGACACACGAAUGAGGUGAACGCCAUCAAAUGGGAUCCUCAGGGACAACUACUAGCCUCCUGCUCGGACGAUAUGACAUUGAAGAUUUGGUCGAUGAAGCAGGACUCCUGUGUGCACGAUCUUCAGGCUCAUUCGAAAGAGAUAUACACUAUUAAAUGGUCACCCACGGGUACGGGCACGCAGAAUCCCAACAUGAACCUCAUCUUGGCGAGUGCGUCCUUCGAUUCUACCGUUCGCUUGUGGGACGUAGAGCGGGGCGUUUGCAUCCACACGCUCACAAAACAUACGGAACCGGUGUACUCGGUUGCGUUCAGCCCAGACGGCAAAUUUCUUGCCUCGGGUAGCUUCGACAAGUGCGUCCACAUCUGGAGCACCCAGAGCGGUCAGCUGGUGCACAGCUACAAGGGAACGGGUGGCAUUUUCGAGGUAUGUUGGAACUCGCGCGGCAGCAAGGUUGGCGCCAGUGCCAGUGACGGCAGCGUGUUCGUGCUGGAUCUGCGGAAGUUAUGAGCGACGGCAGCGACGGCGUGCGCAGCAACCGGGACCGGAUCGGUACCCGGACCUCCACCGCCGCUGCUGACUGCAGCUGAGAAAAAAUCCUAACAAUCAUUUACUGGCGCCCGGCGAGGGCAUCCCAAGUGAGAAUCUGCACCGAUACUCGUGGAAUGUUCCGGAAAGGCGCUUCACUCCGUUAUACAUUUACCAUGCUCUCCACGCUAUAUAACGACGGAAAGUAUGGGCUCUAUCGUGGCAUGGUGUGUGCGUAUUACAAGAUUAGUACACUUAGACUAUAGUCUAAGAGACAGAGACGAGCUCGCUACUUGAGUUAGAUCGAUUUUAGCAUUUAUUUUAUUUGAAGACAUAUUAUCGUAAAAUCGCGUCGACGAAAUGUGACGGUAGUAUGGAAAAAGGUAGACGACAUCCACAGUGGAUUGAGAUGAAUCAAGAAUUAAGGGUGAAUAUUCAAAACAAUUACUAUUCGCUAAACAGAAAAUACGAGCAAACUAGUGAUAGGAAGUUCGAAUUAUUUGGAACAAAGCUGACCUAGUUUUUUGAUAAAGAGAAAAUGGAAAGGAUAAUGUAGCUUCAAUGAAUCUACGUUCACUACUCAACAACAUCCUACCUUUAGUUUUUAUUGCAUCCUUCAUACGAAGAUGAUGCAGAACGGCUUUUCCUAUUCACUAGUGCACUCUAGUACAUUUAGUGUUCGCGUACGAGAAGAAAGGAAGAUAAUAGAUUGCAUUUUCGUCGUGCUCAAAAUCCGUUUUAUGAAAGCAACAAUAAACAUGUCCGCUGUAAAUGCCUUCAAAAAGUGUUGCGUUCUGGAAUGUACGGAAUAAAAAAACCCAAGAGAAGGCAAUGAA